GGAACGAACGGACCCGGAAAACGACGAAACUCGACCGCAAUUACCGCCACGUUGUCAUGAUCGACGGUUAUCGACCAUUUUUUCACUGAACUAUCUCGCGACGUUAGUUGAAAUAAUUGUUGACAAAUCGAAACGAGUCGUGUUCGUGAUUCUAAUCGGUAUGCGUGCGAAUUCGAAGAGUCAGUCAGGGAACUCGACGAGGCCGCCGGUCAAGGACUCGGUAGUGGAACUCAGGACGAGGAUGGCUCGCAUGAUGUCCAUCGUUGAAAUCACUCCGCACAACAGGCUUCCGAUGGCGGGCCAGGAUCCAAAAUUUCAGAAGGAGGCCGCGGACCAAAACUUCGACUACAUGUUCAAGCUGCUGAUCAUCGGGAACUCGUCUGUCGGCAAAACGUCGUUCCUUUUCCGUUACGCGGACGAUUCGUUCACCUCGGCCUUCGUAUCGACCGUCGGGAUCGAUUUUAAGGUGAAAACGGUCUUCAGACACGAUAAAAGGGUCAAGCUACAGAUCUGGGACACGGCAGGCCAGGAAAGAUACAGGACGAUAACGACGGCCUAUUACAGAGGCGCGAUGGGCUUCAUUCUGAUGUACGACAUUACGAACGAGGAGUCGUUCAAUUCGGUACAAGACUGGAUCACGCAGAUCAAAACCUACUCGUGCGACAACGCACAAGUGAUCCUAGUUGGCAACAAGUGCGACAUGGAGGACGAGAGGGUGAUCACCACCGACAGGGGCAAGCAGCUGGCGGACCAAUUGGGCGUCCAGUUCUUCGAGACAUCUGCCAAAGAGAACGUUAACAUUAAGGCGGUGUUCGAGCAGCUAGUGGACAUCAUAUGCGACAAGAUGAGCGAAUCCCUGGACAACGAUCCGACCCUGAUCGCCGGCGGCAUGGGCCAGGCGAAGGGUCAACGUCUCACCGACCAGCCCGCCAACCCGGCGGUCGACAACUGUAAUUGCUAAGAACGCGGAGAGGAGAAGGAACAAGAAGAAGAAUAAUAAUAAUAAUAAAAAGGAGAAGGGAUACGAUGAAGAAAUAUUAGAAUCGCGUGUAUGCCUGUACAUGAACGCUUGUGCACGUGGCUAUGUAUGCGUGUGUGCCCAGAGUGUAUACCUGUGCGUGUGCGUGGGAGAAGAGAGCGAGAAAGAAUGGAGGAGGAAGGUCGAGUGACAACUCUGGCCGUAGAGUGUCGGUUCUCGUUGUUCAUUUCCUUUCCGGCCGUACCUCGUUCUGCUCUUUUUCUUCCCUCCUUUCUCGAUCGAUAUAUUUAUAUAUGUGCACAUAAACGCGUACGUGCGCAGGGUGAAUCGCGGAGCUCCGUCGGCACAAUCAUUCGAACCAGCGUACUGCAAUCACAAAGUUCAGAGAUCAAUAGAAUCGUCCGAUAGAAUGUAUAUCGGUUGGGCGUUCAUAAUAAUAGUCCCCGUUUGAUUUGUUGUAUAAAUUUUUUUAAACAAACGGAUCGUUUCACUUACGACGUGACGAGGGACUGAUCGAAGUCGCACGAUUCGCCUUGCACGCGUGCAGAAUAUGUAUGAUGGUCGUAGCCUGAUUGCGCGGAGGUGCCGUCGAGUUAAUCGGAGUCCGAUUGCGAGUAGUUGCAACUGUUCUGGUUUUUAUUGGUUCGACGGGGAAAUCGUUGGAUGUGAUAAGCCACCGUCGUGACGACGAGAAUCGUACGACGCUGGACGUCCACCCUUCUCAUUGGAGUAUCUUUUCGUUUAAAAAGAAUAAACAUAUCUAGCGAAUGCAAUUUUUUAUAUAUCGUUUCGUACUCGAUGUUUGUUUCCAUGGUUUCGUAAAUUUAGGCAUACGGUAGAUGGACAAUAAUGACACGAUUAUCCCUUUAUUUAAAAUAUUCGAAGGAUUUCGUUGCGAGAGGCAUUCCAAUGACGAGAAGAUCGAGAUUGUUUUAAGAAAACGGCUCUGCUCUUUUGAGACACUCUCAGGCGAGACUGUCGACGUUCAAAAGAGCACAGUUGUCUAGGUAAUAGUAAUCGUUGACGAUUUCAAGCGCACCCGAAUCGAUAAUCGUGGUUAAACAGAAAGGAGCGUGUCGCGAGCUCAAUUUACGCUUGGGAAAUAAUCAAAUCCAACAGGAGACAUCGAACUUCAUUGCACUUUGCAUAGAUCGAACUUAGCUCCACUUUACGUGUGAACUUUACUUUCUCAAGUGUGAGUUGGGUAUUCUAACAGCCCUCUGAGCCGUGAGAGGAUCUUCUGCUUCACCAUAUUUCAUUUGUAGACAAUUGUUACAUUGCAGAACCUCGAUCGAUCGAUUCUACCAAUUUGUGUAUAUAUUUUUGAAACUUUUAUUCCAAUGGUGGAGGAUCGUUUCACGGACGAGGCGUGUCAGUGUCGAAAAUUGCAGCUCUGGUCGUGAAGAACGAGAGAGAAAAAACUCGAAAUAUUAUCUGUACGUGUUGUAUUCAAUGGGAUUUCCUUUCUUCUUAUAGUGGAACUAAUUUCCCGGAGGCUGUUCUCCUUCGAACCUAUUCUCGACGACGUCGAUUCUGAUGCACAACUUUAAAACAAGCGAAAACAAACUAAAAAAAAAAAAGAUAAUGAGAAAAACGAAACUUUUCGAUCCUCGAAGACUCGUUCGAUGCUCGGGCACCUGAGACGAUGUUAAUAGAAUUGUUGCGACGGCUGAAGUGCCGACUCGUACCGAGAAUCUCUCGCCAGUCUUCUUCCAUUUAGGGACUUGCUUCUAUCAAGUAACGAUAAGAACUUUUUCCACCAGUCAGUAGAGGAAGAAUCGUUGGCCAAUUGAACCUAGAACAAGAAAAUUGCUAGGAAAAUGGUUUUUUUACGGUCGCGUGACAAUAAGUAGGGAUCGAUCCUAAAUUCGAACAAGUGGAACGAGUCGAGCAUUGAGCGACUCAGCAGGUCGAUGGCCCAUUUUCGAAUCGGGCAAGUUCACGUAGAAAAUCGCCCUUUGUUCUCCGUAAAACUUUCGUUAAAUGAACGCGCGACCGACCUGAUUUCGAUUAAUUUCACACGAGGAGCAACAAUGCAAAUUGCGUGGAGAUCCUUAAAUAAUUUAUUCGUUUCGUCGAACGAAAACCCGCCACCGGGUGGCGAUUAUCGUUUUUUGAUUGCAAUUAAUUGGACAGUGGGAGGACGAACGAAAAAAAAAAGUGCAUCGAAAUUUGGCGUCAAUUAUAUAUCAAAAGGAGCAAGGAGGAGCGAGCGUCGAGUCGGUCGCUUCAGUCGUCGCUCGGCGUUACAAACCUACUAGGCAAGCUGCCCUCUGUACAUAAAGAAAUAUAUUAAAAAAAAAAAAUACCUAUUAUAUAUUAUAUAUAUAAAUAUAUAAAUAUAUAUAUUAUUGAAAUCUGUAAUGAGAAGUGUAAUGUAAGCGUUACUUAUUCGUGUGAAUUCAGACGCAAUGACGACGUCGCGACGAAGCAGCCUGCGCCACCGUGUAAUCGAGAAUUAAAAGGGACGUGAGAAAAAAACGAUGAAAAAUAGAUGAUCUAUCGAUUGUACGAUUGUAUUGAUCAGAUCAGGAGAAAAAUAAAAUUGUGCUGUUAACGUGGAGGUGUGAUGAUCGACG